AUGGAUAUCCCCAUCUCUCAAAUCAAACCAGUAUACAACCCUCACAACCACCACCCUCUACAAACCUCAUCCAGUCUUAUCCAAACCCUCAACCUUCACCCCCAUCCCGAAGGCGGCUACUUCGCCGAGACCGAUCGCAGUCCACACCCAAUCCAGACACACCCAAAUCACCAAGAGAAUGAAACCUCCCUCCGUGCCGCAAGUUCCAGCAUCUUCUAUUUACUGACCCCAACCGCCCCGCUAGGUGUUUUCCACCGGCACUGGGGCCGAACCAUCCAUAGCUGGCACCGCGGACGCGGGCGGUACGUGAUCAUCCACGCAGAUGAGGCUACAUGCAGCCACGAGGGCUCGGGGGAAUUCGAGCGAGGAGCGGGUAAAGGCACAGGCAAGGCACGGCUGGAGAGCUUUGUGGUCGGACCCGAUGUGGCGCGUGGGGAGCGCUUACAGUGGGUGGUGGGCGCGGGGAAGUAUAAGGCGAGUUAUUUGCUGCCGGAGAGAUCCAAUCAGGACGGUGGAGAGGUUGGGGGUUCGAAUGGAUUAUUGAUUAGUGAGGUGGUUGUCCCGGGCUUCGAGUUUGCGGACCUCGAGUUCCUAUGCAGAGACAAGAUGGGGGAAUUACUGACGGCAGAACAAGUACGAGAGCUUAGUUGGAUGCUGAAGACCUCGGAAGAAGAAGGUUAA